AUGGAGAUGAGCAACUUUAGUCCUGAAUUGCACGUUGCUCAAAAAAGCCGGCGUGAUAAGUUAAGAGUUCAGCAUGAUUCCAACCAGCUCCAUCAUUUGGAAGCUUAUGCCAACAAUUUGGAACAAUCAUCUGUCCACCAUGGUCUAACCUCGGGUCUUGUUCAGUUUCGAAGUUGUAGGGAUGAGAAUAUAUGCAGUAACCCGUCAGCAUUUAACUCGGAAAUGCUUAAUUUUCCUACAAAUAAACAACCCCUAUUGACCAAUAAGGAUGAUGUAAUGGUGCAUCAAGAGCCAAGGGCAGCAGAAUCUGAUAAACGGGCUGGAGAGGCUUCGUUUGGGGAAUCUUCACGAACAUUGUUAUCAACCUUUAAUUCUUCAGCCACCGCAAGUGAUGUCCCACAAUAUAUUAGCACUUGGAAUGGCAUUGGUCCACAGUCAAGCAGUGAUUGGUCAGCUAGUUACGUUAGUGGAAGUAAUCCGAAGCUGUUGUUUGUUAGUGAGAGCUCAUCUGGUUCUUUGAAAAAUAGCAACACUCCUUUAUCUAUAUUAGAUUUCAAGCCUUGCCAUGGACACCAAGAAGUUUACUCAUCUUUCAUUAAACCGCCAACUGAAAUUCCUGAUCAAAAUCUGGAAAAGCAUCGCGAUGAUGUGCAUUAUAGUUCUUCACUUUACCAGACUGAAUUGCAUGAAGUUGUUCAUCCGGCAAACUUGGCAACUGAACCCCUUGAAAUGCCUUUCAUUAGGCAGCAAAACUCCAAGGAGACUAUCCAUGAUUCAUGGGCUGUUGGUGGUGGAGAACUUUUACUUCUUCCAACUUAUGCAGAUGAAAUAGGCCUUAAAAGUUCGUCUGAUUUGACAAGUAAGCCGGCCAAUGUAUGUCAUCAGUGGAGUAGUGAACUGGACUAUUCGGCAAACAAAAAUGCCAAUGGAGACUCUGGAAUAGUUGCAAAUGACAAUUCAAACACUCAGGGCCUUUCUUUAUCGCUUUCAUCAGCUCCAUCCCGUAAGGUACAUGGAGCUCAGUUUUUUGAUAGAGAUCCUUCCCACAGUUUGAACUCAAGAAAUAUUAAUCUCAGUGCAGUCCCAGAUUCCAUGACCUUGAAUUCUGAAUAUUUGUCUUCCAAUCAAAACCUUUUAAUUCCUAGUAAUGGUUUAGGAGUUCCUUCUCAAGAUAUAGUGAGAAAAUCAAGUUUUGCUCAAUGUAAUCUUGGUCCUCUUGGUCCUUUCACCGGCUAUGCAACCAUACUCAGAAGUUCAAAAUUUUUGAAGCCAGCACAGCAGUUAUUUGAUGAAUUUUCCACUUAUGCAAGUCCUAAGUUGAGUGAAAUGCCUGGGGUAUCUAAUCUUUUUGGCGAAGUUAGGGUUUCUGGUGAUGUUAGUGGUUCAGAACCUGUGGUAGAAGGAACAACUGGGGAUUUGUGUGGAUCGUCUUUCACGUUUUAUAGGUCAAACGAGAGGGCUUAUGAGCCUGGAGGUGAAAAUAGCUCGACAAAUUCAUGUUGGCCUGAAUAUCUACAAAGAAAGGCUAAAUUGUUAAAUAUGCAGGAUGAGGUUUUCAGAAGGUACAAGCAGUAUCAUCAGCAGAUGCAAAUGGUUUUUUCAUCCUUUGAAUCGGUGGCAGGUCUUAAUGCUGCUAUUCCGUACAUUUCUUUAGCUCUGAAGACAGUUUCCGGGCAUUUUCGGUGUCUAAAGAAUGCCAUAGCCGACCAACUCCGAAGCAUAAGCAGCACCUUGCUGGAAGACUUGUCGUCCCCGAUGAAUGAUGGGAGCAAUAAUAAAGCGGAUACAGAUAAUACAAGGUUGAAGUUCAUCGACAGCUGCUCUCAAAAGCAGAAAGUUGGAGGCAAUCUCGGGUUUCUUGAAACCCAACGUGUAUGGAGACCCCAAAGAGGCCUACCUGAACAUGCAGUGUCUAUUCUUAGAGCCUGGCUUUUUGAUCAUUUCCUUCACCCUUAUCCUACGGACACAGACAAGCAUAUGCUAGCUGCUAAAACUGGCUUAACCAGAAACCAGGUAUCUAACUGGUUUAUCAAUGCCCGGGUUCGUGUGUGGAAACCAAUGGUUGAAGAAAUACAUAUGCUAGAAACCAAAGGAACGGCUGAAGCAGGAAGACCAGAUGAAUGUACUGUCCAAUCAAAUGACAGCCAAUCUUUGAAUAAGCUCAACUCAAGUUCAGCAUUCGAUAAGCAAGUGGAAUUCUCAAGGAUUAGCUCGUCUGAAUGCAUGCAUCCCAAUAUACAGAAUCAUGGCAAUCAUUCGAGAGUUGAUUAUCGCAUUCCUGCUAGUAAUGAUGGAUCUUUUAUGGGUUUUUCGCCAUAUCAUCAAAGUGGAAUGGAGAUUGGGGGUCUUGGUUCGGUCUCGCUCACUUUGGGUCUGAAGCGAACUGCGGAGAGCGUGCAACAGCCACAAUUCAGGCAGCAUUUUGAGGAUUCUAUGGUUCGUGAUUCUGUAGGUUGA